GUUCUGGAAAGCCGACAAGCAGAAGGGGCGAAUAAUCAUGAGAUCGAUGGCCUUGUCCGAAAAAAGGCCGCGGCAAAUUCUGGAAUCAUUGUUGAUUUUUCCAGUGGGGGCCAAAAGGUUGAAAUUCCUUGCCAAGGCUCUCUUUUGCUAUUUGAUGUUGGCCCACGCCCCUUCAUGUGUUUGUUUGCCUUUAGUUCUUUCUAUAGGAAAGGACAGGACAGGCAGCAAGCAUCUCGGCUUAGGACAGUGUUGAUUGAUGAUGAGGGCACUGAUUUCUGGGCUGAUUUUUUAAACUCCCUCUGGAGACAGAUUUCCCAACGUCGCCGAGCAUUUAUUGCGUGGCAUUUCGGAUUUUCGCCACGUGUCAGUGGGCCGGGCGCCGAUGGCGUUAAACACUGUUUUACCUCGUGAUUCCGGGAGGGCACUUUAAGGGGUAAGCUAGAGUGAAUCUGAGCUGUUUAUAUUAUGUCGGCCCGGUUAGUGGACGGUGUAGAUUUGUCUGGAAUUGAGGUCCAUGGACCUUCCAAGAUUGUUACAGUAUUCAGCCAUCAGUGUAGCUAAAUUCUAUAUUUCAAACUGGCAAUUCAAAAUCACGCACUCUGCCGUCAUUAAUGGCCGCCUGCCUCCUUUCACUUGUUCUCCGUGCUUUCUCUCUCUAAAGGGGGAUCUGGUUAUGGAGUUUUUCCGGUUUUUGAAAUGCUGGUUAGCUGAAGAUAAGCUGGAGUAACAAUGGCGACGGUUUUCGAGGCGAUGCUGUGCUUUUCUCCGAUAAUUUCGAUCUGAAUUUCUUCACCGCUUGUUUUGUUUCUCGGAAUCUUCGUCUUCUUUUUGAAAAAGAAUUUUCCUUUAAAAAAAAAAAAAAAAAAAAUCGUUCUCCCUCUCUCUCUCUCUCCCUCUCUUUUGCUUCUAUCUCGGGGUGCUACCGGUUGCUGUUUCUGCCUGCGUCAUUUAAAUUGUCCAAAAGGAAAAUGGAGAGAGCUCGGCACAGAAAAUCGAAAAGUGCUUCUGGCAUUGAAGGAAUUGUACAGGCCCAGAAACACAAAGAUGCGGCGAGACUGUCUUCUGAUUCUCGAUCUUAUGUUGAAGGAAGAAAUAGGAAUGAUAUGUUCAUGCCUGAAUAUGGACAGAGCUCCUCUGCAUGGGCAACUGGUAUACCAAUGAAGAAACUACUGGCAGAAGAAAUGUCGAAAGAAGUUGGAUCCAAGAAACAAUCUCCAAGUGUUAUUGCCAAGUUAAUGGGCCUCGAAGGGAUGCCAUCCCCUCGGCAUUCCCACAGACAACAGCGAAGAUCUUCAGAAAGUUCAAUCAACUCACAAAAGAACAGCCACCUCUACGAUGGUCAGUUUAACAAGAGAAGGUCAAAUGAUCAUCAAGAGUUCAAGGAUGUCUACGAGGACUUGGAAGCAUCUCAUGUUGGGAAUCGACGAUGCUCCUCAAGAUGGAAUGCAAGCUCAAUUCUUACAAAACCUGAGAUGGCACUCAUUAAGCAGAAAUUUAAUGAUGCAAAACGUCUUUCAACUGAUGAAAAGCUGCAGUAUUCGAAAGAACUGGAUGAUACCUUAGAGAUGCUAGACUCCAACAAGGAUUUGCUAUUAGAAUAUCUACACGAACCGGAUUCCUUGUUUGUGAAGCAUUUGCAUGAUAUAAAGAAUGAGUCUAAGAGUUCUACGGGCAGUCAUAUUGCAGUGUUAAAGCCAUCAAAUCCCGGAAUGUUUGAAAGCAAAGCAAAAAUGUGGAGAUCAGAGAGAAAUACUUCAAACAAACACCAUCCCACUUCUCACCUGAAACGUGAAGAUGGCCUUCUGCUCGAACCACACAGUCGCCACAGAGCCCGUAUUUCUCAUCAUUCUUCAAGAAUUCAACUAGAGGAGAAGAAUGAGGAUCAUAUUCUUCCCACCAAGAUCGUCGUUCUGAAGCCAAAUCUUGGGAAGAUGCAAAACGAUGGUGUGUCGGGUUUCUUGUUCAAUCUCUCAAAUGGUUAUCACCCGAGCUUCAAGAAAGUGAAGGAAUUUCAAAAGGUUGGAGGUUCCGACACAGUUGCAUGCACAAGGAAAGACUUAUUUCAUGAUGAGGGGUUCUCAAAGCCCAUUUCCAAAGAAGCGAGAGAAAUAGCGAGGGAAAUUACGAUGAGGAUGCGAAACGGCUAUCAUGACACUGAAAUGGUCGACGCAAAGUCAAUGAAGUUCAAAGGGUACGCGGGAGAUGAGAGUUCCUUUGAUGCUAAUGAAAGUGAUUCGGAAAGUGACUCAGAGGAGUUCAAAUUAUCUUCCGGAAAGACAUUCAGUGACAGUGAAUAUUGCAGAUACACGCAUCAUUCUGCGGAAUCAUCUGUCAGCCGCGAAGCUAAGAAGCGACUCUCUGAAAGAUGGAUAACAACUCACAAAUAUCAAGAUUUGGAAAUGGUUAGCAAGGGCAGUACACUAGGCGAAAUGCUGUCAUUACCAGAUAGGGAAACGAGGCCACGCCAUUUCAGUGGUAAGACACAUUUAGACAGGUCGAGCAAUCAACUUUCUCGCAAUAAUGGAGCUGCAACGAGGAACGGUCCUAUAGGCAUCAGUAGUAGGGAUGGGUGGAAGGAUAAUGUAAGCAGGCAUGUAUCCGGAUCUCGAUCGCUUUCUUCGUAUACAAAUGGGAGAAGUACUUGGAAAAGCUCUUGUCAUGAUGAUUUGCCCGAAGAUUCUUCACCAAUGCACAUUCGAAAUAAAGUUGCAAACGGUAAUUUAAGGCAUAAAGGUGAUUCAUCACAAGAUUCAAAAUCAAGAAGCAGAAAGGUUAGCCAUCAUCAACUUAAGUUCGCUGCCAGGAUGGAUUCUUCUCCAGAAACCAAUUUCGAGAUGCAAAUGGAGGCCAAAUCGAAUUACCCAGCCGAACAACAAUCCAUGGUUGAUGCAGUGACAAUAGCUGAACCUGGAAGCCCUACCAUGUCUUGGAAAUCUUCUGAGUUGCUCCCGACACCAUCGCCUUCAGCUGUAGAUGGCGGUAAACCUGCUAUUCAUGACCUCGACGAAUCCAAGCUCCAGGAACAAAAGCAGGAACCCGCCAAGCAUAGAGCUGAGCCGGAUUCCUCGGAAAGCUCCAAGGAAGCUGAUCAUCCGAGUCCCAUCUCAGUCCUCGAGGUUCCUUUCGCCGAAGAAACCUCAACUUCUGAAAGUUUUGAGAGAGUGAGCGCUGAACUUCAUGAGCUCCGGCUGCAACUGAAGCUUCUAAAGAUGGAGUCCGGCGCAUAUCCCACCGAGUCGUCGCUCGGCCCCGCCGAGGACAACGCCGCACAAUUAUCUCCAAGUGUUUCAGAAGGAAACCAUGCAGGAUCGAUAACAUGGGAAACUUCUUACAUUAUCGACAUUCUCGUCGAAUCUGGUCUCGAAGAGUCCGAUUUCGACAUAUUCAGGACAAGAUGGCACGCCCCCGACACCCCUCUUGACCCGAGUUUAUUCGACCAUCUCGAGAAGAAACACGGAAACGGGACAAACGAGUCGAGAUCCGAAAGAAGGUUCCUCUUCAACCUACUAAACACCGCAAUCUUGGAGAUCUUCCACGACCACGUUGACAUGCACCCGUGGGUAACGCAGAAACUCGGGGAACGAAACUUGAAAAGCAAGCAAGGAAUCCGAGACGCCCUCGACAAGUUAAUCAAGCAAGAGUUUGUCGACGGGGAUCAGAUGCUGCUGGUCGGAACGCUCGACAAGGAAAUGCGGUGGUCGGGUGCCCGAAGAGAAAUCGACGUGAUAGGUACCGAGCUCGAGGAAUUGCUAAUAGAUGACCUGGUAAUCGAGCUUCUUCUUCUUCUUCGAUCGUAAAAAAAAUAUGAAAAAGAAAAGUUGCGAAGUUUCCGGCGUAGGUAAACGUUAGGCGAACAGCGAGGACGACGAAACACAUAGCGGCGGCGGUGGGGAUCGAUCCCGGAAUAAAUUUGACGGCUUAUCGGCAAACAGGUUAGCCAUGUCUCGCCUCUUUGGCUUUGAUAGUUAACAAGCAAUCCUCUAUGGUAGAAUUUUAGCAGCAUUGAUCGAUGUUUUCUUAUCUGCAUAGGAGAAUUGGUAGGAGGAAUAUGAUAGACUGUUACAUAUAUAUAUAUAUAUAUAUUUGCUCGUAUAAAUAAGAAAAUCAUAUAAUGUCAUAUUGUAUUAUCAAUCAUGUUUUCGUUUAGUGCUAUAUAGAGGUGUUAAAUGAUUUGGGUAGCUCGGGAGUCAAGCUCCAUUUGACUUGAUUUGUUUAUAGAGAAAUAUAUAAACCAAGCUCGAACGGAGCUUGCUGAUAAUAUGUUUAUAUUAUUUUAUAUAUUAUAAUAUAUAUAACU